AUGCUUUUGAUAACCGACUCCUUGCAAAAAUACAAUAGCCACACGAUUGAAAAGAACAUCUGCUGUUGGCAACGAAGAAGGAAAAAAGACGUAUACGACAAUUGUAACUCUUUGUCUCAAGGCGACUGGCACAUCGAGGAGGACCCAAACAUGGAGUACGAGCUGCUGCUCAGAGAAACGCGAGCCUGUGCUGAGCGUGCCUCGAAGCCGCGCACGACAAACUUGGAUCGAAUUUCGAAAACCACCAAGGAAUUGUUGGAAAGAAGAAGGGCUUUGAGGCUUGAUCCAAAUGCAUCGCACUUUGAGCGGUUAGUAGCAAACAAAAAGGAUUGCAGAAAAGCGUUGCAGGAGGAUUUUUUGAGAUACAGUGAGAAGAAGAUUCUGGAAGCAGCGCAAAGAGGAACGAGUCUAAAGAAGUGCCGCAGGGAUCUCCGCGAAUAUAAUAUUCCGCUAGCAGUCUUGCUGAGCGAAGACGGGACUCGCAGGUCUUCCCGUCGUGAGAUGGAGAUAAUUACAGAGAGGUUCUACUCGAAUCUUUUCCGUUCAUCAACUCCUGUGUCAAGCCCGAUCAUCCCCACUGGUGAAGCUCCACCACGGAUUCCCCUUCGUAAGUACGAGCCGCUAUCAAGAGCAUGA